GUUCGAAGACGCGAGCACGCGAGGUGCAGCGCUCCGGAUCUGUCAAAGUCGACGUCGUCGCGCGGUUAUGGUUAUCCCGAGGACAAGCUUUUGGUCGCGCAUCUUAUGAUACAUACGAACGAGAUUCACAACGGACGCGGACGGUACCAGGACGAACCAUGGUGCUGAACGACUGCGCGGACCCGGAGAAGGUGGGAUGCGGCUUCAAUGCGUUCCGGGAGGUAGACGAGGUGACCGAUCUGAUAGCGGAGCUGAGAAGGCCGGAUCUGACGGCGAGUCUCGUUGAGAGGAAUCGGGACCGCUUCAACUUCAUUCUGUCGCAAUACCAAGACCAGCACCAUCUCCUGGACCCGUAUCUUGAGAGAAUCCUAGGAUCCUUGUUAUCGAUCAUUAAAGAUGAUGACACUCCAGAGAACAUCAAGCAUAACACAUUCAAAUAUCUGUUUAUUAUCAUGUCCGUGAAGACAUAUAAGAAGAUUGUUACUUACCUCCCACAUGAAGUGGUGGAUCUCUUGCCUGUGCUGAAGAUGCUGGAGAAACAAGAUCCGAAUGAUGUGGAAACGUGGGAGACUAGGUAUGUCUUACUUGUCUGGUUGUCCAUCAUCUCGAAGAUACCAUUUCCUCUAUCUCGUUUGGAGAUGUCAGAGAACAUGGAUCCAGAGCAAACUAUCAUUGUCAGAAUUUUAAAAGUAUGCAAAUUGUAUUGCCUUUCAAAAGAUGCAUGUGCUGUAGCAGCUGUGUUUUUAGUAGCAAACUUUUUAACAAGAUCAGAUGUCAAGAAGUUAUACUUGAAAGAAAUGAUUAUGUGGUGUUUAAAGUGUAUAGAAAAUGAUCCUCUGAGACACGGACCUCUGGCUGUAAUAGCUUCAAUAUUAAAACACAGUGCCAGAGAGGAUGUCAAGCCGUAUAGCCAAAUGCUUCUAGAUAAUAUGCUGAAGCUUCGACUGAGUGACAAUCCUGCAGAUCUUAUUAGAAAAUUUGGAAUAAAAGUUGUUCAACGCAUAGGUUUGGUAUUGUUAAAAACAAAAUUAGCAUCCUGGCGCUAUCAGAAAACAAGUCGGCCAAUAAGUAUUAUGCCUAAUGUUAAAAUGGAUAAUAUUGGUAACACUGAAAAUGUUAUUGAGAUUAAGAAAUCCAUCUCAAAUGAUAAUGAAGAUCAAGAGAUUCCUCCAGCCAUCGAGGAUAUAAUAGAGCAACUCAUACAGGGUCUUCGAGAUAAAGCUAUUACUAUAAGAUGGUCAGCAGCAAAAGGUAUUGGCAGAAUAACAGCGAGAUUGCCGGUGGAUUUAGCUGACGACGUAUUAGGAUUUGUAUUGAAUCUUUUUUCUGGACGUGAAUCAGAUUCGGCAUGGCAUGGCGGUUGUUUAGCUCUCGCGGAGCUUGGAAGACGUGGCCUAUUAUUACCUCAUCGUUUGAGUGAUGUCAUUCCCGUAGUCCUACAAGCCUUAGUCUUUGACGAACCUAGAGCUUACGGAUCGAUCGGUUAUUUAAUCAGAGAUGCUGCUUGUUAUAUAUGUUGGUCUUUCCCAAGAGCCUACGAUUCGCACAUUUUUGAACGUUAUGUCAAAGAAAUCGCGGCAAUGUUAUUAGUUGUAACGUGCUUCGAUAGAGAGAUAAACUGUAGGAGAGCAGCGUCCGCAGCGUUUCAAGAAAACGUUGGCAGACAGGGCAACUUUCCGCAUGGCAUAGAUAUAUUGACUGUUGCCGAUUAUUUUGAAGUUGGCGUCCGGAGUCACACAUAUCUCAAAAUCAGCGUCCAAAUUGCACAAUAUGAAGAGUAUACGAAGCCCUUGAUAGAUCAUCUAGUAGCAAGAAAGGUUACACAUUGGGAUACUGCAAUCAGAGAGCUUUCAGCUAGAUCGCUUUUCAAUCUGACUCCAGCCGAUCCACAUUAUAUGAUAAACACAGUAUUGCCGGCUUUGUUGGACAUGCUAAAUUCUAUCGAUUUAAAUGUUAGACAUGGCGCAGUAUUAGCUACUGCGGAAAUUCUCGAAGCUUUACAUCAUCAUUUUAAUGAUAAAAUUGAAAAUAUCAUCGGAAUUACGGCUGUUGCUGAUAUACAAGAUAUAGUACGAACUUUUAGAAGUAGAGGACAAUUUAAAGGACUUGGAGGAGAACUAAUGAAACAAGCGUGUGCUUUGCUAAUAAAGAAAUGCUCUAUUGUUCACUUUCCUAUUCAUUUUACAGAUGUUAUAGAUGACUGGCAGAAAUUAUUAGAAGAGUGCUUGAGUCACGAAGUAUCGGCAGUAAAAUUAAAAGCAGCUGAAGCGCACACGAACUUUUUCAUAGAAUACUAUGUAGAUAUCGAUUACGAUGCCCGAAGUGCUGUGGUUAAUCGUUAUUUGAAAGCCCUACAAUCAAAUAAUCAGCCUAUUAGAAUAGGAUUUGCACAAGCGAUAGGUCAUUUCCCAUUGUUUGUUAUUCGUGAGAGAGUGAAAGACAUCAUAGAAGCAUUAAUCACAUGCACUCACAUAUCCGAAAAUACACUGAAAUGGGCGCAAAGUAGAAAAGAAGCUUUGCAUUCUCUAAUUAUGGUGCUACAAACAUUAGGAAUCGACGAAGUCGACAAAUGGCAAUCAUUUGUGCCAGAUUUGUACAAUUGUUAUUUGUUGGCUCUCAAAGAAUAUACGAUAGACAGUCGUGGAGAUAUAGGCGCUUGGGUACGAGAAGCAGCUAUGAUUGGAUUACACGUAUUGACAAACUUGGUACUACAAGCAAAAUUAUUAUCUGUGUUAAAUAAAGAUUUAAUGGCUAAUAUUAUCGGCGGCAUUGCACAGCAGGCUGUCGAGAGAAUAGAUGGAAUUCGAGCUCAAGCUGGUACGGUAUUUAGUGCGCUUAUACACAGCGAUCCGCCACUUCCAAAUAUACCACAUCAUAACGAAUUGAAGGCUAUAUUUCCUUAUAAUGAAUGUAAGGAGACUAUCGAAUGGCGAAUGGAAUCUGCAACAUUUCCGCGAUUUAUUAAGAUGUUAAGUUUUCCGCCAUAUAAAAUGAAUUUAUUACGCGGAAUUAUAUUUAGUGUCGGCGGCUUAAGCGAAUCUUUGGUGAAAUACUCAAGUGUCUCUUUAUUUACGUAUCUACAAGAGAUUGAUGAAAUCGGUUUAAAAGAUUUAUGUGAAAAUAUAUUAAAUAUAUUCGAGGAAAGUCAUAAAAAUGAAAGAAUGAUAAUAUCGAUACUGGCUUUCUUGGAUCGUUUAUUAAGUUCAGGCUGUAUACAAUCUGUCUUGGAUGAUGCGGACAAUACAAUUGCAGAUCGUAUAUUGACGUUAUUAAAACAAGAAAUAAAAUAUUUUAGCAAUAUGAAAUUGCUCAUUAGUAGUAUAAAUGUUUUCUGUCAGUUGUUACAGAUACGAGGACCUGUUUCGAAAAGAGCAUUUUGUCAAUUGAGUAUAUUUUUAUGUCAUAAAUAUACAAGCUUAAGGAAAACAACGGCUAUUCGUACUUAUGAAGCAUUGACGGUUUAUGGAGAGGAGAUGGAUGUAGCGGAAGAAGAUUUAGCAAAUAUACUUACAAAAUUGAAUGCGACCGAUUGGGAGCAACCAAUCACAGAUUUACGUCCAAUCAGAAAUAAUUUAUGCGAGCUAAUGAAGGUACCUGCUCCAGUUUUGCAAAUAAAAUCAACGAAUUGAGAAAAGCUAAUUUGUGCGUACGAAAAUCACAGCUUUUCGUUAAAAUUAUAUUUUAUUUCUAUGGCACGAAGUGAGACAAAGUUUAACUAAUACGAUAAAAUAAUUAAGAGAUUCUGAUAAUUCUCUCAAUUGAAUACAAGAGUUUAAUACUACUAAACUCUAAUACUGAUUACUGAAUUUAAAAAUAUUGUAUAUAUGUAUGCGUAAAGAUAUCUUUUUCUAUUGUGCAGGCUUAUACAUUUUGUAAGAUGAAUUUAAUAAUUUCUAUCGCGUUAUUUUAUACAGAAUGAAUAUGUAAAAAAUAUUUCUAUAAUAUCAAAAUAGAAAUGCUUAUAACAUACACUCAGAUUUAUAGGUAUUCAUACACCUAUACAAUUCACGAAUCAGUCGUAUUUACAUUAUCAAAAUUGUCAAAAUACAUUUUUCAAAAAUACA